AACAAGCGGCUGUAUAAACCAUUGUCCCAGUCUAAUUGUUUAUCACUCCAAAAACUUGAUACUGUCCGACUGCGAUAAAUAUCGAAGGAUCUUUACUUUAAAUAUCUUUUCAAAGCUUGAUUAAUCUACAACUUAUAGAUAUUACUUUACAAUCUCGAGACACGAAAUAAAAAGUCUUAACAAUAAAUCAAGACAUUUUUGUGAAAGAAAUAAAUAAGGAUAAAAUUUCUCACUUCAUUUUUAUAAGUUAAGGACAUCUGAUAUAUAAACAUUAAGGAAAAUGGGUUGCGGAGGAAGUAAAGGUGAAACUGCCAACCAGACGUCGCAGAACGGUACAGAGGCUCAAAACAAGGACGCCGGAAAGCAGGAGUCCAGCAAGCAGGAAGAGUCCUCGACACAACAAGGAACAGCUCAAAAUGAGACUAAACCAAAAUCAGAACCAGCUAAAGUAGAAACAUCUGAAGAGAAGACAAAGUCAGAACCGGAAAGUGAAAAUAAAACAGAGGAAGCAACAAAGACUGAAGAUACCGCACAGACACAAGCGGAGGAAUAGUUAUCAAAUGUUUUUUCUGUGUAUAUGAUUAGAUGAUGAGAAAGGGAAUGAAGUCUUGUUUACCUGGAGAAAUUAAAACCUAAUGAUUACAAUGAUAUAAUUCUGUGAACAUUUUUAAUAUAUUUUUGUAUUUAAUUACAAAUUCUUGAGCACAAUGUGUAUGAACAUGGAUUGUUAUACAAGGUAAUGCACUUGAAUACGUUGUGUAAAUAUUAAAGACAAGAUUCAAGGGCUCUCUUGACUUUACCGAUGAAAUAACACACCUGUAUCUACUAAAAUCUUUACAAAUGCCGUAAAUUUAGAUAGCUAAUCAUUAUAUUAUCUUUUUGACUUGAUAAGUUACUUCAUCUACAGGGAGAUAAAUCUGCACUUUUCGUUUUAAGUAAGACAUAUUCUAGUGAGUUCCAGUUUUAUAAUUUUGACGAGCAUUUUGUCAAACUAAGAUAAUUUGAAUUUCAAUUACCAUGUAGAUAGUUACAAAUAUCGUCCCAAAAGGUUACGUACAUAGCUUUUAAGACAUUAACUUUACUUAUUAUUUCAGUCAGGUAUGUUAUUUCAUUUAAAUUCCGUCCAAAUAAAAAUUCUGUGAUACUAUACUGUUAUUUAUAUAUUGUUUCUGUUUUGUAAAUAGUAUGAACUAGUUACAGAGCUUGUAAUUCGUAUAUAGCCUUUACUUAAGCAGCAUUUCAUUUUAUAAACCAACAUAGCACUAUCUUAUAAUUAUAAUGGUUUUAGGAUUUUAGCUUUUAGCCAUUAUAUUUAAUAAAUGAUAUUUUUUUAAUUAUGUAGUUGUUACUAUUUUGGUCGUUUAAUAUACAGUAUAAAUAUGAUAUUCUAUUUAACUUAAACAAAUAUUACACAAAUGAUCACAACAGAACGUUCAUUUCAAAAACACGACAGACACACCAUCCUGUUAUAGAUUAUAUACAUGUAUACACCAAUACCAUUUUGUCGCAACUAAUAUUUUCAUGUUAUCCUAAGUACUUGGUAUUACGUGAAGAAAAAGACGAUUUCAAAAUACAUACAUUUGUAUAUAUUGACCAUUCUGAGUACAGACAAUAAUGUCUUUAGUAAUUUAUUGACUCUCUAAAACGGUUUAAUUACCAUUUUGUAUCUGGAAAUGAAUAAAAGUCAGCAAUAAAA